CAUUGUAGAAUCGCUCUUCGUAUAUAAACCCAGAGAAAACGAUCCUUUAACCAGGAGCGAGGCCGCUAGGGUUUGUGUGGUUUUGUUUUCGAAGAACCUUGAAGCAGGGAAAGCUCCAUCUACGUUGCCGCAACCAUGGGUCGUAUGCACAGUCGCGGUAAGGGUAUAUCCGCCUCUGCUCUGCCUUAUAAGAGAACUCCACCUAGUUGGCUUAAGAUUUCUUCUCAAGAUGUUGAGGAGAACAUUUGCAAAUUCGCGAAGAAGGGUUUGACACCUUCUCAGAUCGGUGUGAUUCUUCGUGAUUCUCACGGUAUUGCUCAGGUCAAGAGUGUUACCGGUAGCAAGAUCCUGCGUAUUCUCAAGGCUCACGCUCUUGCUCCUGAAAUUCCAGAGGAUCUGUAUCAUCUUAUCAAGAAGGCAGUCUCAAUUAGAAAGCAUCUCGAGAGGAACAGGAAGGAUAAGGAUUCCAAGUUCCGUUUGAUUUUGGUUGAGAGCAGGAUUCAUAGGCUUGCUCGCUAUUACAAGAAAACAAAGAAGCUUCCUCCGGUCUGGAAAUACGAGUCAACAACUGCCAGCACCCUUGUUGCUUAGGUCAAGUCGCCACAGUUUUGGGUAGCUUGUGGAAUGCAAAUGUUGGGACUCUGAAGAUUUUGUUAUGCUUUUUAUGAAAUAGAGAACUAAGAACUGAGACCGAAGACUUUGUAUUUGGCUUUUAGAUAUUUGCUUUUUAUUUUGGUACUUUAUUAUUAUUUAACCUUGGUUGGAAAGUAAAUUUUUAGUUUGAAUUUUACUUGUUCUA